CUCCCGCUAGAGGUGGGGACGGAGACGGAGCGGAUCGCCCUGGGCAAAACGGGUCCUCCCGAAAUAUGCUGCCUGUGUCCUCUUGGGUUGAGUUCGUUUUAAGAGACAUUCUUGGAUCCAAUAGUAAGGUAGGAUAUGUCCCGAGUAGGUAUGAUUCUGCCCUCCGCUGCUUCCUCAAGUCCCCUCAGGAUAAAACGACAGAUGGUCUAGUCCAGUGAGGACACUCGCCCCCUGCCGCCCAGAGUCGCCGGGCGAGUGAAGGACAGACCGCGCACGCAUGCGCAGAGGCGCAGCAUGGGGGCGGAAGCCGGCGGGCCCCUUACCCACGUCUGUGAUCAUUGCUAGGAAGAACUCUGGAUACAAUAAUGAACACAAUGUAUGUGAUGAUGGCUCAGAUCUUAAGAUCUCAUCUGAUAAAUGCUGCAGUGAUUCCUAAUCGAAUGAAAAUGCUUCCUUAUCUUGGCGUAAUUAGACAUAGGAUGAUGUCAACUCAUAAAUCCAAAAAGGAGAUGAGAGAAUAUUAUAGACUGCUGAAUCUAGAUGAAGGAUGCUCUGCAGAUGAUGUCAGGGAAUCUUUUCGUAAGCUUGCCAAGCAAUACCAUCCAGACACUGGCUCUACUACAGCUGAUUCUGCAACAUUUAUAAAGAUCGAAGAAGCUUAUAGGAAGGUGCUUUCCCAUGUGAUAGAACAAACAAAUGCCAGGCAGAAUAAAGUUGAAGAAGAAGAAGAAGAAAAAUUCAAAUAUAAAACACCCCAACAUCGGCAUUAUUUAAGUUUUGAAGGUAUUGGUUUUGGAACUCCAAGUCAACGAGAGAAGCAAUACAGGCAAUUUAGAGCGGACCGUGCAACUGAGCAAGUGAUGGAAUAUCAAAAGCAGAAACUACAAAGCCAGUAUUUCGUUGAUAGUUUAGCUGUUAAAGAUGUAAGACAUAGUAAAGAACAAAAGAUAACUCAAGCAAUAGAGCGUUUAGUGGAGGAUCUCAUUCAGGAAUCAAUGGCAAAAGGAGAUUUUGACAAUCUCAGUGGUAAAGGAAAACCUCUAAAAAAAUUUUCUGGCUGUUCAUAUAUUGAUCCCAUGACCCACAACCUGAACAGAAUAUUGAUAGAUAAUGGAUACCAACCAGAGUGGAUCCUAAUGCAAAAGGAAAUAAAGGAUACUAUUGAUCAACUCAGAGAGGCAAUUUUAGUGUCAAGGAAAAAACUUGGGAAUCCAAUGACACCAACUGAACAGAAACAGUGGAACCAAGUUUGUGAGCAGUUUCAAGAAAACAUCAGAAAACUAAACAAGCGAAUUAAUGAUUUUAAUUUAAUUGUUCCCCUCCUAACCAGGCAAAAAGUCCAUUUUGAUGCACAGAAGGAAAUUGCCAAAGCCCAGGAAAUAUAUGAGACCCUUAUAAAAACAAAAGAAGUCACAGAUCAAAAUCCAAGUAACAUUGAUCAGGGAGAAGGGAAGAAAACACCUGGAGUCAAGAGAAGUUUUUUCAACUGGACGAAUACAUGGAAAUUUAUUAAAAUAUAACCAUUUCAUGUUCACGGUACUGCCCCAAAUCAUUUUCAGUUGUCUUGACAUCACACAUAGAGGCUGAGAUUUAUGGGUGUAACACAGGAGUUUGAGAACCUUUUCACAACUGGGUACUUUUCACAAAACUAACCACAUCUCCAGUGAUGUGUAAGUGAGAAAGCUGUAAGAAACUCCAUCAGGGAUGUGUUCAACCAGCUUUGCUCUGGGAAUAUAGCAAGAAAAGAAGAGAACUUACUUGUAAGAAAACAAUUUAAUCUAUUUCAGAGUUUAACUGUCAGUCAGCAGGUAAAAUGAGUUAGGACAGGGACUCAGACUGGGGAUCAUAAAAGAAUAUUCCAAAAGUGCAGUUUUAAGCUCUAAUUUAGAAAGUUGCUUUUUGCCAUCUUUAAACACAGGUACUUAGCAACAACAACAAAAAUUAAAAACGUAUUCUCAAAAGUCACAAAAUUAUAGAAGGUAGGCAAGUGAACCUCCAAAUGAUGUAUGUUUUCUGCAAGUUUGCUUCAUCUGUAAACCUUAGAUUUUAUUAAAGCUCAAAACUGUUCUAAGACUUUGGGACACUCUAUAUGGGUGGAAAUGUUAGGAUCAGGAAAUUAGCCUAAUGGAGUUACUGAACACACAUACUUUCUCUCUCUCUCUCUUUCUCUCUCUCGGCCUUCUCUGUGGGUACUGAAUUAAAAAAGAAAAAAAUGCCAAAUAUCUGGAUUGUACCUUUUCCUGCCUAACUUCAUGAUGCAUUGGCUGCAGAAGUCAAUCAGCCAAACUAGUUGAUUUUAGCUAUUGUAGAAAUAGACUCUAAUUUCCACUUUUAAAGAGUUGUGACUGAAUUUUCUGACCUUUCAGAGGUGGAAAAAAAAUUCCUUGGGCUCAAUGGAAACUUAAGAUUUCACUUCUGGCUUCAUCUCUAAUCAGCGAUUGAAAUGUUCAGUCUCUUUGUCUCAUGUGGGACUCCCAGAGGUUUUUUCAGCCAUUUGAAAUCUCACUUUACUGUCUUAGGAAUCCUUUCAUAAAGACAAGAUGUCAUUUUGCAGCUUUGGCAAAUGACAACAUUGACAAUUAUGAGAUUGUUGUGUCCCAUCCACUUUCAGAAAAUCUGACAUUUUUUAGUUCAUGUAAUUGCUUUAGACAGAGAAUUGGACAACUAGAAGGAUAUGGAGAGUGGUCAAAAGGAGCAGGUGUGUUUCCUUAUUUAAUUCAGGAUACCAUAUUAUGGAUGCAGUUCAGAAGCAUGGCACUUGCCACGCUGGUUUUGGAGAAACAGUUAUUUUGUAAAGUAUGCGAUAAUUAAAACAAAACUACAUAUUCAAAAGGAAAAUUCAGGCCUUUUUGCUUAGAUGAUUGGGCAUUAAUUGGUAUAAUACAUGAGUAUUUUGUUGAAUGAGUUAUCAUUUGGUCUCUAUAAUAAUAGUAUUACUCUAAACAAAAUUGUGAACGGUAUGAAUAUAGCUUUAUAGUAAGAGCUGAGUUCUAAAAUAUUUUAGAUGGCAAUGAUUCUGUGAAUCUUAUUAAAAAUGGGAAUUAGAUGUAUGGUACCUAAGGCAUUGCAGCAACAUAUAUAAAGGAAACUAUUUUCAAUACUGGAUAAUGGAUGGGAAGGUUAAGUUACCAGAAAACUUUAAUAAAUCCUUAAUUUCAGUACAGGACAGUUUAUGUUUGUAAAUGUUGACUGUAUUAAUAAAGUUAAUUUUUAUGAUUA